AUGCCAACGACCAAGGCAGCCACGCCCGAACCUCACGAUGCGGCGGCGGUCGAGGCGCCCGCGUGUGAUGAGGUGGCGUCUCACCCCCGUCCUCUUGCGUCCGUCGAGGCCAGAGUCAGGCGAAAGCUUGAUACACACGUGUUGCUGCUCCUGUGCUUUCUGUUCUUGUUGGCUUUCUUGGAUCGAUCAAACAUCGGCAAUGCUCGAAUCGCCGGCAUGGAGGAGGACCUCGGCCUGAGUAGCGACCAGUACGAAUGGCUCUUGACCAUCUUCUACAUUGCCUACAUCCUCUUCGAGCCACUCAUCAUCGUCUUCAAGGUUCUGCCCGCGCGCACAUGGAUCGCAAUACUGGUGCUCGGCUGGGGCAUUGCCGCCACCACGCAAGCUGCUGCCCAAUCUUGGGCGGGCAUGAUGGCGUGUCGCUUCUUCCUGGCCGCGUUUGAGGCCGGAUUCGGCCCCGGUGCCAUCUACCUGUUGUCAUUCUUUUACCUGCGCGACGAGCUUGGCCUUCGCAUCGGCAUCUUCUUCUCCUGCGCGCCGUUGGCAACGUGUUUUGCGGGUGCUCUGGCGUACGGCAUCACGUCGGGGCACGCUGGGAUCGCGAACUGGCGGCUCUUGUUCCUGGUUGAAGGGGCGCCCGUCUUGGCCAUGGCCGUCGUGACGUAUUUCGCCAUGCCAAACAGCGCCCAUCAGGCGUGGUUCUUGAAUACAGAGGAAAGGAGUGUCGCCUUGGCACGUCAAGUAAAGCAAGUAGGAAAGGGGGCCCGGGUAGGCUCCUUGAAGUGGCGGGAAACGAUUUCCAUUCUCCUGGAUGCAAAGGCGUGGCUGACCGCUCUCAUGUACUUCUCCUGCAAUGUUUCCUACUCGUCGCUACCGGUUUUCCUGCCCACUAUCCUAAAGGACAUGGGUUUCUCUGGCUUGGCUGCACAGGGCCUCUCUGCACCGCCCUACUUUGCUUCUUUUCUCGUGACAAUUGGGACCACGUACAUUGCAGAUCGUACGCAGCAACGAGGGCUGACCGUCAUCGUAAUGGCGUUAGUGGGCGGUGCGGGAUACAUCAUGCUUGCAGCCGCAUCGACUACCGCUGUUCGAUACGCCGGUGUCUACCUCGCGGCGGCAGGGGUAUUCCCAACAAUAGCUAAUAUUCUACCAUGGGUCGUUAAUAACCAAGGCAGCGACGAACGAAGAGGAGCUGGUGUGGUUGUACUCAAUCUCAUCGGGCAGUGUGGUCCUCUCCUGGGCACCAGAGUAUAUCCUCAAAAUGAGCGGCCAAACUACGUCAAAGGCCACGGUAUCUGCGCCGCAUUCAUGUUAUUUGUUGCGAUCCUUGCUGUUAUUCUGAGGACGCUGUUGGUUUGGGAAAACAAACGCCUGGCUGAAAAGUACGAGGAUGACGCGGUUGCAAACGAUGCCCGCGACGACGGUGUCGAAAACUAUGGACCCAACUUUAGAUAUGUGCUUUAG